AUGAUCGGAUUUCACAGUAUUCUAUUUGUUGCUGUUAACGCAAAAUCAUUAGGCUUGAAGCGUGUCCGUCUUACAAGCACAAAAGAUUCCAGCGCUAAAGUUAAGUUCGCGGAUGUUGCAGGAAUGACAGAAGCAAAACAUGAGAUUAUGGAGUUUGUCCAUUUCCUGAAGGAUCCUCGAAAGUAUCGCAGUCUCGGCGCCCAGAUUCCAAGGGGUGCUUUACUCGUUGGACCCCCUGGAACAGGGAAAACAUUACUUGCGAAGGCAACUGCUGGAGAGGCUGGAGUUCCAUUUUUUUCUAUCAGUGGAUCAGAAUUUGUGGAAGAGUUUGUUGGAGUUGGAGCAUCUCGCGUCCGUGAAUUAUUUAAACAAGCAAAGAAGGAAUCUCCAUCCAUCAUUUUCAUUGAUGAAAUCGAUAGUGUGGGAAGAAAACGAACAUCAAAUAGGCAAAGAGGAGGAGGAAGCGAUGAGCAGGAAAGCACAUUGAAUCAGCUUCUCGUUGAAAUGGAUGGUUUUGAUGGUUGCGUUGGAGUUGUCGUUCUUGCUGGAACAAAUCGAUCAGAUAUCUUGGACCCAGCUUUAACGCGCCCGGGUCGGUUUGACCGAACAGUCACAAUAGAACGUCCUGAUUUGUCAGAACGAGCCGCAAUUUUUGAAAUUCAUAUGAAGCCCUUGAAGCUUGAUUCUGCCCUUAACCCACGAGAGUCUUACAAGCGUCUGGCAGCACUGACACCAGGAUUUGUCGGCGCGGAUAUUCGCAGCAUUUGCAACGAGGCAGCGAUCUAUGCAGCUAGAAGAAAUGCCUGUGAGGUUUCCCUGCAAGAUUUUGAAAAUGCUUGUGAAAGGGUGAUGGGCGGAGUCAAAAAAACAACAGGAUUUUUAAACAAUCAUGUUCGCCGAAUUAUUGCUUACCAUGAAGCUGGCCACGCAGUCGUCGGAUGGUUUUUGCAGCACGCUGAUCCUGUUUUGAAGGUUUCGAUCAUUCCACGAACAAACGGAGCUCUUGGAUUUGCGCAAAAUCUUCCAGAAGAAACUCAAAUUCUCUCACGGGAUCAGGUUUUGGACAGAAUUGCCGUAUUGCUUGGAGGACGAAUUUCAGAGGAACUGAAUAUUGGAGAAAUGUCAUCUGGCGCAAGUGAUGAUUUUCAGAAAGCAACUGGCUACGCAUUUGCAUCAAUCAAGGAGUGGGGCUUCAGUUCCAAGGUAGGAAAAGCACAGAUGCCUUCACUGGGAAAUAUCCAUUUGCAGGUUGGCCUUUUGUCGUUUUCACCUCAAGAAGAUGAACAGCUUUAUAAACCCUUCUCCGAAAAAUUAGCACAGCUGAUGGAAGAAGAAGCUCGUGAGAUCAUUCAAGGCCAAUAUCAUCGCGCUAAAAAACUCCUUCAAGAAAAAAGCCUGGAAGAAAUAUUGGGAGAACGUCCACAUCCUUUCAAAGAAGAAUACGCUCAAUACAUCAGAGCAUCUCCUGAAAAAACACGCCAUUCUGCCGAACUGACGAAUUUAUAA